AUGAGGUACUAUGUCGGUGUAUGCCUGCCACUGUAUAUCGUCCACUCCGUAAGCAAAACAUGGGACUUAAUGGACACGGCUGUAGUCACCAUAUGCCUGACUAGCAUUGUGAUAGUCUACAUCACAGACACGCGGUUUCACACAUUUGUGAGCCGAAACGAGAGGCUGAAACAGUUUGGAAAGCCGUUGGUCCCAAAUCUUGAUGCAGGGUUGUCGUACUACUCUAGACACCAUAAUUAUUUUGGUGAGCAGUUAUGGUGGUGGGGUCUGGUUGUAUUUGCUUGGAACCUUGUGCGUAGCUGGGUCUUUAUUGGUGCACUGACUAACAACUUGUGCCUGCCUUAUGUGACCAUACUGGUUGAAAGAAAGAUGGUUAAACUUGAGUAUAGGUCUGAAUAA